AUGAGUAAGUUUGAUUCACAAGGGUUUGCGAUUGACCAUGAUGGUGAGUGCCUCGAAGACAAUGCGUGGGGGGGUGGACCUCCUAUAGCCAUCACCGCUGCUGUUUUUGAGGAAAUUUUUUCUGGAUCCGGAAAGGAUUCUGCCUUGAAAUCAUCUCAUCUUGAAGCUGAGGUUACAGCUGAGGUUCCAGGGGGACCUAGUUGUGCUAUUCCUAGUAGUUCGGGUGGUGUGCCGUUGGAAAACAUCACUAUCGAAGACUAUAUAUCAAGUGACGAAGAACCCCUUUCUCCUAAAUCUGCAGCGGAGCUCUGUGCAAACAACACGAGCACUACCAUUCAUGCCAUGAUGAAAACAACCAAACACGAGCGUGAUGCGCUCCUUCACACCAAGGGUAAGCUUGCUAUUGUUCUUGAUUUUUUUAAAUUGAAAGGGUUUAGUGAAGAGACUGUUUUUGGUGAAAUGGGGUUCAAGGGGCCUGGGUUUUCUAAUCCCGCUAGGGAUGAGUAUGGGCUGCCAAGUUUGAAAGGAAUGGCUAAAUUUCAUGUGCCGAAACCGUUUGAUGAAACUCCCCACAGUGAAAAUAGCUCUGUAAAGGCUAAUAUUGAGGUGCAGAAACCAGAUCCUUUCAAGGAUAAAAUGAAGGAAAAAUUAGAGGAUUCUCCUCCGACUUCCCAGAAAUCUGCUGAGGACCAAUUGCCGAAAAGCCCUCCAAAGCCACUGUGGUCCUCUGUGGUUAAAAAACAGCCCCCCAUAGAAAAUUUGGUAUUCGAUUACCAUCCGCUGAAAGAAGGGGACUCAGUUGUUACUCCUCCGGUUGAAGUGCUUAAGAAAGGGAUGGAGAAAUUCCAACUUUGUUUGGUGGGUACUUUUUCAAAAGGUACACUUCCUCUCUCAAAAUUAAUCGAGAAUGCAAGAAAAAUCUGGGAAUCAAAAGGGCUGUGCAACGUUUCUCAGAAAGAUUCCCACACUUUUCUGUUAAAAUUUCGCUCUGAAAUGGAAAUGAAUGCUGUUUUAGCUAGAGGAACAUGGUAUUUUGAGCGAAAACCACUUCUUCUACGAGCUUGGGGAACUGAUUUUGGGUCUGAAAAAAUCUCUAGUAUUCCAUUGUGGGUGAGAUUCAGGAAUUUGCCCGAUUAUUAUUGGACGCGUGAGGGCUUAAGCUGUGUGGCUAGCUCUGUUGGACCUCCCAUUUGUGCUGAUAAAGUCACUUCGCAGUUGAACCCUGUACAAUUUGCAAAAACGUGUGUUCGUUACAAGUUGGGAGACCCACUCCCGGAAAAGAUUAAAGUGGCUGUGAUGGAUGUAAAUUCGAAGGAGCUUUCAAAAACUGAUUUUGCUGAGGUUGAUGUCUCUUAUCCGCAGAGACCAAUGAAUGAAACCUGUUCUGUGGAGGCUGUAGAGGAGAUUCCAGCCACAGCUGAAAAAAAUCAAGACCCUCCUGUCUUUGAAAAACCCCCUGUUGAGGUCAAGGAUGAUGGUGGGAAUUGUUCGAAUGCAGCAGAAGGGUGGACUACUGUUGGCCGGAAGCCAAUUCCAUCCAAACCUUGUCCUAAUCCCAUUUCCUCUGCAGACCUUGUUGAGCUUCCUAUCUACAAAGCAUUGGCCAAAUCCAUGUCUAAAAGGCUUAAUAAUAAGAUUUCCUACUAUAAGGAUUUUAUUGCUUCGAGAAAGCUCGGACUUAUUGCCCUCCUGGAGACUCAUGUUAAAGAGGAAAAUGCAGCCUUUAUCUCAAAACAAGUUGCUCCAAAGUUUACUUGGCUUUUUAAUUAUGAACAUCACUCCAAUGGCAGAAUUUGGCUUGGAUGGGAUCCUGGUUUUUGGUCUAUCUCUGAUGUGCAUGUUCAUUCUCAGCAUAUUUCUUGUAAAGUAUCAUCUAUAUCUUUGAAUGAUGCUUUUUUUGCUUCCUUUAUUUAUGCUUCAAAUGACUAUAUUGAGAGGCGUUUAUUAUGGAAUGAUCUGCUCAAUCAUAAUGCUAAUCUUGUUGUUGUUUCUUCUAUGCCAUGGACAGGGGGUCUUUCGAUUGAUAUUCGAGAAUUUCGAGAUUUCACAGACUCUGCUGAUGUAUUUGAUUUAAACUACUCUGGUCAGUUUUUUACAUGGUGGGAUUGCAACCACUCGAAUGCAACUCAGAGAAAGCUUGACAGAGUCCUCGUGAAUGCUUCUUGGAUUAACUUCUUCUCAAUGUCUACUGCUCACUUUCCUUCGAGAGGACUUUCUGAUCAUUGUCCAGCCAUUACUUACCUGGGAAUCUCGGCUCCAAAGGUAUUUAAGCCUUUUCAAAUUUUCCAACAUGUGAUUCAGCAUUCUGAUUUUCUCAGCACUGUUGAGGAGGCAUGGAAUAUUGUUACUCAUGGUGAACCCUGGUAUGUUCUCUCCACGAAGAUCAAAAGAGUAAAAGCUGGCCUUAAGCGUUUACACAAUUCCUGCGGAAACCUUCAUGAAGCUGUUAUACAGGCUCGACAUGCUCUUACUUCCUUUCAAGAGGGAAUGUCCUUUAGUGCUCCUCCAGAUGUGUUUAAAACUAAAGAGAGCCUCUGCCUUGAUCUUCAGCGCGCUCUUUCUGCAGAGGAAAUUUUUUUGAAACAAAAGUCUAGGGUUCAGUGGUUGGAGCUAGGUGAUGGAAACAAUUCUUUUUUUCACAGAGCUUGCAAGAGUCGAUGGAAUGUUAAUAAAAUUCUUAUGCUUGAAGACAGAUUGGGCAACACUUUGACAUCUCAUGAGGAUAUUGCUUCUACUGCUGUCGAUUAUUUCAAAGAGUUGCUGGGUACUAGUAAUUGCUAUGAGCCUUUCGAUUGGAAUAUCACUUUACCCCAGCUAAGCUCUUCUCAGCAGAGCUUUCUUUGCACCUCUUUUAGCAGUAAUGACAUAUUCAGUGCUUUUAAAAGUAUGGGAAAAAAGAAAAGUCCUGGACCAGAUGGAUUGACCCCGGAAUUUUUCUUGGCAGCUUGGGGUAUUAUUGGAGACGAUGUGAUAAGAGGUAUUAAGUACUUCUUUGACACUCUGGAACUGCCUCGUAUUAUCAACUCUGCUGCAAUUUCUCUGGUGCAAAAGUGUGAUAAUCCCUCUCGUAUGAAACAUUUUCGUCCCAUCUCAUGUUGUAAUACUCUUUACAAAUGUAUUGCCAAGCUUCUUGCGGGCAGAAUUCAGAAGAUUAUUGCUUCGUUAGUCUCCAUUAACCAAUCUGCUUUUGUACCGAAAAGACUCAUUGGAGACAAUAUUAUGUUGGUGCAAGCCCUUUGCAAGGAUUAUCAUAGGCAAGAUGGUGUUCCUAGAUGCGCUUUUAAACUGGAUAUUCACAAGGCAUUUGAUAGCUUGAAUUGGGACUUUCUUUUUGCUGCUAUGGAAAAUAUGAGGUUCCCAGAAUUUUUUAUCAGGUGGAUUAAAAAAUGUAUCUCGAGGUGUAUGCUUUCAGUAAAAAUAAAUGGAGUUCUUGAGGGUUAUUUCCAGUGCAAGAGUGGUCUCCGCCAGGGGGACCCUCUCUCUCCUUACUUGUUCGUGCUUAGUAUGGAAAUUCUGACUAUCUAUUUGAACACGACGCUCCAGAAUUGUGACUCUUUUGUUCAUCAUUGGAGUACAAAGCAACUUAAACUUUCUCAUGUUAUCUUCGCAGAUGACAUCUUUGUCUUCUGUAAAGGUGAACAGGCCUCUAUAAUGACCCUUCUCGACACGGUUUCUCUCUUCUGUGAUUGCUCGGGAUUAAAGCUAAACAAAGAAAAAUGUCGGGCGUUCUUUUGUAAUGUGCCCGAUGACUUAGUUCUGUCUACUAUGAAUGAUUAUGGCUUUGCUCAAGGCACUCUUCCCAUUACCUACUUAGGCCUUCCACUGAUUACUAGUCGACUGACUACAUCUUUAUGUGAUCCUUUGAUUCAUCGGCUGUGUAAAAGAAUUGAGGGCUGGGUUGUGCGUACUCUUCGAUAUAGUGGGAGACUUCAAUUGAUAAAAUCUGUUCUUCAAGCAAUUCAGGGCUACUGUUCAAUAUACUUAUUUCUGCCGAAGGGUGUGAUUAAGCACAUUCAGUCGAUUCUAGGUAAAUUCUUGUGGGGUGGCAGCUUGGAGGGCAGAUGCCAUUAUAAUGUGGCAUGGGCUGAUUGUUGUUUUAAAAAAGAGGAAGGAGGCCUAGGUGUUCGAGACUUGUUUGAUUGGAACAAAUCUGCGAUCUUUUUGCAAAUCUGGAGAUUAUCUCACCCAAACCCCUCCUCUAUUUGGAUCCUUUGGGUCCACUCUUGUUUACUAAAGCAUAAGGCGUUCUGGACAGCGAAGAUUCCGUAUAAGUGUCCUUGGAACCUUCGAAAGAUUUUCAAUGCUCGCUAUGAGGCUUUGCAGUUCAUCUCAGUUUCGUUUAAUGAAAAUUCUGGGUUCAAAUUAUGGCAUGAUCCUUGGCUUAUCAAUGAGCCCCUUAUUCAGAAGUUUGGAGAGGGUUUCAUUUCUGUCAUGGAGUCCUCUUCUUCUGCCACUGUUGGGAGUAUAAUCUCCAAUGGUCAGUGGUCUGUUGCCACUUCAAAUGAUCUCCGCGCUGUGCAUUUUAGGAGUUUGUUAUUCGCUCGGCAGAUUGGUGCUAUUGAUAUUAUGUUCUGUAAUGGUGUACACCCUGUUAAUUUGAAUGUAAUUUGGGAUUCUAUUAGGCGAAGAGGGACUCCAGAAGGCUGGCUUCCUCUUAUUUGGAAUAGGUUCCACAUUCCAGCAUGCUCUUUCAUCUCUUGGCUGGCUUGUCGUGAGAGACUUCUAACAAAGGAUCGCAUGCUGUUAUUCCAUAUGAAUACUGAUCCCAAAUGUGUCUUAUGUUUGAGUUGCGACGAAGACACUGAACAUUUAUUCUCCCAGUGCCCGUACUCUUAUUUGAUUCUACGUGCAUGUCCUUUCAGUCCUGUUCUUAAUUGGAGAAGAUGGAUGCAGGGUGACUUCUUUGGUGAACCGAAAUCUUCUUUCCAGAAGAACUUCGUUUUUCUUUAUACCACAGCUGCAAUUUAUUUAAUCUGGAGAGAGAGAACCAGUAGAGUCCAUGGUAAAGGAAAUGUGCCUGUUGCUCAGCUUAUAAAUUUAGUUAAGCGUAUGGUGCGCGAAAAAUUAUGUACUUGUAAUGAUUUCUGUAGGGAAUUAUCCAGAGAUCCUUCCAUAAGCCAUAUUCUGUACUAA